AGGCGCAGUGGCGGCGGUCUGACCUUCAGCAGCAGCGGCGGCGGCGGCGGCGGGAGGUGUCACCAUGUUGGCGAGAACGAGCGUCCUGAUCUUCCAGCCCCAAUGGGUCCAAGUCCGAAACAUGGCAACUCUGAAAGACAUUACCAGGCGUUUGAAGUCCAUCAAAAACAUUCACAAGAUCACCCAAUCCAUGAAAAUGGUGGCCGCUGCCAAGUAUGCAAGGGCUGAGAGAGACCUGAAACCAGCAAGAGUUUAUGGAACCGGAGCUCUAGCUAUGUAUGAAAAAGCAGAAAUUCAGUCCCCUGAAGACAAGCCCAAGCACUUGAUCAUCGGUGUAUCCUCUGACCGUGGUCUUUGUGGGGGUAUCCACGGUUCUAUUGCCAGAAGAAUGAGGAGUGAGCUCAAACAGUUGAUAGAUGCCGGCAAGGAUGUCAAGAUUGUUACUGUUGGUGAUAAGUUGAGAAGUCUGCUGUACAGGAACUUUGAGGCUCGCUUCCUGGUACUGUUCAAGGAAAUUGGACGCAAACCACCAACCUUUGGGGAUGCUUCAAUCAUUGCCAACGAACUUCUAAGCGCUGGCUUUGAGUUUGAUAAAGCUUCUAUCCUGUUUAACAAAUUUGGAUCUGUGAUCUCCUACAAGACUGAGGAGAAACCAAUCUUCUCCUUUGAGACUGUUGCAAAUUCUGAAAACAUUGGGAUUUAUGAUGACAUUGAUGCUGAUGUUUUAAGGAACUACCAAGAGUUUGCAUUGGUGAACACCAUAUACUACACCUUAAAAGAGUCAACUACCAGUGAGCAGAGUGCUAGGAUGACAGCUAUGGACAGCGCCAGCAAAAAUGCUUCUGAAAUUAUUGACAAGCUGACGUUGUCAUUCAACCGCACCCGGCAAGCCGUCAUUACUAAGGAGCUUAUUGAGAUCAUCUCUGGUGCUGCUGCUCUGUAAGAAGAUAAUGCAGAAGGAAACUAGUUCAUUGGAAAUGAUCCAAAACCUCUUGCUGUUGGAAGAAAAAUCAUACUCGGACAUUUUGUGCAAAUCUUCCACCGUUUGUAAAUUAUACUACAAUAAAAAUCCUACAAGU